ACGCUCUAUUUUUUCUCUCAGCUGAUGGUGACGUAGCUGUGUGCGGCUUUAGACCAGCAGCACACAGUCAGGACAAACAGGGCCGUUAGUUUUCCCCGUGGGGAGCGUAGAGUAGACCGCAGAGGCAUAACGGUACUCUGCAGUGAGAUUGUGUUGUUAGAGAGUGUCUGUGUCGGGGCGGCGGAGCGGAGGAGGCUGUCCGCGGGGCUGUCGCAAAGAGACGGGAAGCGCAUUCCAGAAGAACCGCUGUUAUUGUUGCAACAGAACCGGCGGACAGACGGUUAAAUUGCUCACUGAUCAGACAAGAGGCUCAGGAGUGGUGUAGUGAGGGGUGACAGAAGGAGACAUGGUGGAUUACUAUAACAUCCUGGGAGUAUCCAAAACAGCCUCUCAGGAUGACAUCAAGAAGGCGUACAGGAAACUGGCCCUGAAAUGGCAUCCAGACAAAAAUCCAGACAACAAGGAGGAAGCAGAAAAAAAGUUCAAAGAACUGGCUGAGGCCUAUGAAGUCCUGUCUGACAAGAGUAAACGUGACGAGUACGACAGAUUUGGAAAUGACAGAAUGAGACACAGAGGUUCCAGCUCCAGCCCAGACUUUUCUUCAGAUUUCCCAGGUUUCACCUUCACAUUCCGCAACCCAGAUGAGGUGUUCAGAGAGUUCUUCGGUGGCCAGGAUCCCUUUGCUAGCUUCUUUGAUGACUUCUCAUCAUUUGGAGGCUCGUCCUCUCGUCUCGGCCCCAGUCGCUUCUUCUCUUUCCCUUCAGCAGGAGCUGACUUUACCUCCUUUUCUUCCCUGGGUGGUCUGCAUGGGAUGGACAGCAUGGGAGGAGGGAUGGGCAACUUCAAAUCGGUUUCUACCUCCACUCGCAUUGUAAAUGGCAAACGCACCACCACUAAGAAGAUAAAGGAGAACGGGCAGGAAAGAACAGAGAUUGAGGAGGAUGGGGUGUUAAAGAGAAUCCUAAUUAAUGGUGUGGAGGAUGAAAUGGCACUUGCGCUGGAGCUGAGCCGACGAGAGGGACUGCCCCAUCCAUCACCUCAGAAGCCACAAAGCCCAAACAAAUCAUCUGUUGAGCCCGACAGAUCCCGUCCCAGCCCUUAUUCUGCAGGCACAUAUCGGUCAUUUAGCUCCGCUCCCUUCUACAACUACGGAGGGGUUAGUGGAAGCAGUGAGGAUGAUGAGGAAGAUGAAGAACUGCAGAUGGCUUUGGCAUGCAGCCUGUCAGAAAUGGAAGCCCAGCAGAGAGCAGCUGUUACCGACUUCAUAUCAGACUCAGACUUCGAGGCCUUCACAAGCUAACCUGAUUGGCUCAUGCUGCUCUGUGCCCUAGCCCUACCAUGAGGUCAAAGGUCAAUUCCCCAUGAUGCACUUGUCUCUCACUGCCCACCAUGGCUUCUACCUGCUGAAUGACACUUAAAAAAAAAAGAUUCAAAUGUGUAUUUUAUAUGUAUGUGUGUGAAUGAGUGUACAUAACUCCUUCUGGAGCGAAAGACUGGAAACUUUGUAUUUUGAAACUCGAGAAAAUAGCUCUAAUCAUCUCUGCAUUAAAAAAACAUGAUGUUUCUGCUGAAUUUUAACUAAUUUUGUUUUGUGAAACCAGUUACAUUAUCAGAAAACAUUGUACGCAGGGUAGAAAAUGACCAUGCUGAGAGAAUAAUUAUCCCUGCAAAUGGAAACUGAAAUGGAAAAACAUUAAAAUCUUAUGAAUCAUGUAUAAAGCAGGGAAAAUAAAGCACUUCCUGCUGACUA